AUGGACGAAAAUCUUGGGAAACCUACCAAAAACUUUACGAUGCUUGCACCUCCACCUAACAUUACAGGGAAUUUACAUAUAGGACAUGCUUUGACACUUAGCAUCCAGGAUGCAAUUGUUAGAUGGUAUCGAAUGUCUGGUUAUCGGGUAUCAUGGAUACCCGGAACAGAUCAUGCUGGUAUUGGAACACAAUCUGUUGUUGAACGGCAGCUUUAUAAAAAAAAAAAACUUACUCGGCAUGAUCUUGGUCGCGAAAACUUUAUCAAUGAAGUGUGGAAAUGGCGUGAACUUCAUGGGAAUAGAAUAAUCGAGCAAAUGGUGAAGCUUCCUCUUUGGAAUCUUUACCAUUGGAAAAAUCUAUUUUUUACUAUGGAUUCUCCUCGGUCGCAUGCAGUGACGAACGCGUUUGUCAAGCUUUUCAAUGAUGGAAUGAUUUACAGAGAUACAAGACUUGUUAACUGGUGCUGUGCUUUGGGAACUGCGAUUUCGGAUAUCGAAGUAGAUUAUGAAACUGUACCAAAAAGAACAUUUUUGAAAGUUCCUGGUCAUCAAGAAAGUGUCGAAUUUGGCGUUUUACACAAAUUUGCUUAUCCUAUUGCUGACACAUCAAGCGGCAUCUCGGAAUUAGUCGUAGCAACAACCAGAAUUGAAACAAUGUUAGGAGAUUGUGCUGUGGCGAUACACCCUGAUGAUCCGCGAUACAAGUCUCUACAUGGUAAAAAAGUUAUUCAUCCUUUACUAAAUAAGUGGAUGCCAAUAGUAUGUGAUGCUGAAUUAGUAGAUAUGCAGUUUGCAACUGGAGUUGUUAAGGUGACGCCUGGACAUGACAUCAAUGAUUAUGCUUGUGCUCGAAGACACCAAUUGCAAAUCGUAAAUAUUUUGAACAAAGAUGGAACGUUGAAUGAAAAUUGUGGGAUUGCAGAUUUAAUUAAUAAGGAUCGAUUUGAAGUUCGCAAAGAUAUUAUAAAUCGGCUCCAAUCAUUAGGUUAUUAUCGUGACAAGGAUGUAAAUCAUGAAAUGAGAAUUGCUAAAUGUUCAAGAUCUGGUGAUAUUAUUGAGCCCAUGUUACAACCUCAAUGGUAUAUUAAGUGCAAAGAUAUGCAGCUUAGAGCAUUACAAGAUGUCAAAAACGGAAAAAUGCAAAUUCAACCUAGCUACCACGUCGAAGAAUGGAAUCGUUGGUUAGGUGAUUGCUUUUCACAAAAUGAUUGGUGCAUUUCAAGACAAUUGUGGUGGGGACACCCAAUUCCAGCGUAUAAUUUAACUUAUGAAAAGCAAAAAUCAGAUGAAGGAUUAUGGUUUGCUGCAACUUCACUGUUUGAAGCUGAACAAUUUGUCAAGAAUUAUUUUCAACAAAACAACAUUCCUUUACAAAUAAAUUAUACCUUGAGACAAGAUGAAGAUGUAUUGGAUACAUGGUUUUCAUCAGCAUUAUUACCAUUAUCAUCUUUGAACUGGAAAGGUGAUCAAAAUAUUCCCGAGGUUUACCCUACGACAAUGAUAGAAACGGGAUUCGAUAUUUUGUUCUUCUGGAUAGCUCGAAUGGUUAUGCUAUGUACUUAUUUCUCAGGGAAACCACCUUUUGAAAGAAUUUUAUUGCAUGCAAUGGUUCGAGAUGCGCAAGGACGUAAGAUGUCAAAAUCGCUUGGAAAUGUAAUAGAUCCAUUAAACGUAAUUGAAGGAGUCACAUUAGAAGAAAUGCAUCAAACAAUACAUAACAGUAGCUUAUCGAAAUCUGAAAUAGAAAAAAGUAUUAAACUCUUAACGAGAGAAUUUCCAGAAGGAAUUAAAGCAUGUGGCACUGACUCACUAAGAUUUGGUUUGAUAAAUUAUACUCAACAGACUAGGCAAAUCAAUCUCAACAUCUCUUAUAUUACAUCUGUCCUGCAUUUUUGUAACAAGCUUUGGAAUUUGUUCAAAUUCUCUAACGAUCGUUUCUCAUCCUUAAAUUACACCACACAUAUCACAGAAACAGUAUCUUGUGAUUCACUUAUAGAAGUUAAAAAUUAUUUAACAUUAGUUGAUAAAUAUAUUUUAUCAAGAUUAUCUGAUACAGUAACAAAAUGUCAGCUGGGAUUUGAAAAGUUUGAAUUAUUUGAGGUUACAAAGGUUGUGAAAGAUUUCAUGGUUGAAGAUUUAUGCGGGAUUUAUUUAGAAUUUAUCAAGCCUAUAUUGUAUGAAAAUUCGGAAAAUAUUGACACAAAGAAGGUUCAGAAAACGACUUUGAAAGUAUUAGAAACUUGUCUAGAUACGUCCCUUAGAUUACUACAUCCCUUUAUGCCAUUUCUAACAGAGGAAUUAUGGCAGAGUCUUGUUGAAAGAUGCGAUAAUAGUAUAAGAUUAGGAUCUCCAGACUCGAUAAUGAUGUCAAGGUAUCCGAAAGUUGCAGAUUUUGAGAAUCAGAAAAAUCAUAUUGUUGAAGGUGAUAUGAAGAUGGUUUUGAGUGUAAUCCAUGCAGCAAGGUCACUUCGCCAAAGUAACAAUAUACCACUUGGACAGCCGUUACCGUUUAUCAUAUGGUCUGAUGAUCGGGGUUUACUAGAUGAACAAGGACCAAUUAAGAAAUAUUUUCAAGAUAUAAAAAAGUUCAUUAAAGCUUCCGAAAUUCGAAUGAUUGAUGACAAGCUUCAAAAAGAAUCUAUGGAGACUCUAAUAAAGGAUUCGGCAGUAACAUUGAUUUCUACAAAUCUAAAAGUUUACGUUCCAAUGAGUUCAAUUUUAGAGAUUCAAAAAAGUACUGAUGUAAAUAACAAAUCCAAAGCUUCAAGCAAUGACCCAUCUGGUAUUUUCAGAACUGAAAACUUGUCAAAAUUAACUAAAAAAUAUGAGAAAAUUGCCAAUGAGAUUGAAAAUUUGCAAGGAAGGAUCACUAAAGCUGAAUAUUUGAAAAAGGUUCCGGAAAAAAUUAAGGAGAAUGAUAGGAAAAAAUUAAUGGUAUUAAUCGAGCAAAAAAUUGACUUGGAAAGGAAUAUAAAGCUGGCUCAAAGUAUGGAUGAAUAUACCCGGAAUUAG